UGUAAAAAGGAUUCGGAAUGUUUUAAAGCUGUAAAUGACCGUGACGGUAUAUUAAAAGUUGCGAAGCAAUAGUUUUGUUUUUGCCGCAGAUUGCGUUUUCUCCUUCAAACGCUGCCCAGUCACUUGAAAAAAAGUAAGCAUGAGUGUUAUCGGUAAGAAGUUAUCCUCGAUGUCUAGUGCCUCCGCAGCUGGCGAAAGUUCCGGGGCCUCAGCGACGCCUGCCAGUAAUCCCUCACAACCGAAGGUGAUUACGCCCGAGUAUGUGCUCAAGUUGAACAAAAUCAGCGAUGAUUAUCUGUGUUCUCCGGACGCCAAUGUCUAUGACAUCGAUUUCACUCGCUUUAAAAUCCGUGAUAUGGAGAGUGGGGCAGUGCUUUUUGAAAUUGCCAAACCCACCGUGGCUGAAGCAAUGCAGCAGCAUGCAGAACAGGCUGCCAGUUCCGCCGAGGCAGGCAGUAGUAGUGCAGCGGCUGGCGGUGAAGAUUACGCAUCUUCUGGCGCGGCCGCUGCCGCCAAUGAAGAGGAAGAAGUAUUGGAACCAAACGCAGGACGCUACGUUCGGUACCAGUUCACACCGCAGUUUCUUAAAUUGAAAACCGUCGGGGCAACAGUGGAAUUCACUGUCGGUAGUAAAUGUGUGAAAAAUUUUCGAAUGAUAGAAAGACACUUUUUUCGAGACCAGCUGCUGAAAACCUUUGACUUUGAGUUUGGUUACUGUAUUCCCUACUCGAAAAAUACCUGCGAGCAUAUUUACGAAUUUCCUACUAUCCCACCGGACCUAUUAAACGACAUGAUUUCGAACCCGUUCGAGACACGCUCAGAUAGCUUUUACUUCGUGGACAAUUGUUUGGUGAUGCAUAAUAAAGCAGAUUAUGCAUAUAACGGCGGACUAUGAGCUUAAAGGGAAACACGAGAGAGAAUGUUGAUUGAUUUUUAUAUUUUUACGAUUAGAAUCAUUGAAGCUAUUGUGGCUAAUAAGGCUAUUAUUCAGGAUAUAAGAGUAACUAUCCCUGCGGUAGGAUACAAAUAAGCUAAACGUUUGAAAAAAAACUUAUUUCAAAGUAUUAGACGUUAAUCGCUGAACAAAUUGUGAAUUGAAUAUUGGGAUUCUUAAGAAUAGUUAUAACAUAAAAAGAGAAUAAAGAUCGUCACCAUUGGAUUCGAUAUCCGAUCAAACAGGUAUUUGGACAAGUAUAAUAUUCGUUAGGUUAAUCUAUUUCAAUUUUGUUGUGCAAGCAACAUGAAAAAAUAAAAAAAAUACUCAAAUAAUAAAAUCACCUUUCUUGCCUUAAUUAUUCGUUGUCUAUAUUAGAAUUAUAAUGUUCACAGCACACAAAACUCAGUAAAAUUC